ACACGAAAAUGUUUAAAAGUGUAUUAUGUAAAUUAAGCCAGCCUCCGCUGGUGUACGGGUUUCACACCACGGCGUGCCUCAACGAGGUGCGACUUCUGACACGGCUGCGCGUCGUCGACAACUCAGAGAUCGGCAAAAGGGCCAUGGCUGAGGGAAAGCCACCUAAAGUUAUUUGUGUUUACAACAAGCAACGUGUAGGCUAUAUCGGCGAUCGCGUUAUGGUGGCCAUCAAGGGACAAAAGAAAAAGGGCAUACUGGUUGGCUUGAAGCAAACACAGAACCCUAAAGUGCCGAAGUUCGACAGCAACAAUAUUGUACUAAUCGACGACAAUGGCACCCCACUGGGUACACGCAUCCACGUGCCUAUUCCAACCAUCUUGCGCACCAUCCUGAAAGAGCGCACACAUGCUAAGGGUGCAGAUUACACCAAGCUAUUAUCCAUAGCAUCCCGAUUUGUCUAGCUUCUAGUUUAGCUGUAUUUUUGUAAAUUUAAGUAGGUAGAAUAAAAUUGUAAUAAAUGUGUAAAUACCUCACACUUAUUUAUGUAUUGCAAUUUUGUAAUAAAACAUAUUUAGCUCUUCGAUUCCAAUUUAUACUAUUUAAAAAAA